GCCUGUUUGAAUGCAAUGCUUCACACAAACACUCGAAUAGGGGAUGGAACCUUCUUCAAGAUCCCUGGCAAGUCAGGCCUCUACGCUCUCAAAAAAGAAGAAUCAUCAUGUCCAGCAGAUGGGGCAUUGGAUCUAGUCUGUGAGUCAGAGCUGGAAGGUACAGAGAUGGCAGAGGCCAGUGCCAAUGGAGAGGAGAAUGGAGUUUGUACGAAGCAGGUAACUGAUGAAGCAUCUUCUACUCGAGAUUCAAGCCUUACCAACACAGCCGUGCAGAGCAAGUUAGUGUCUUCCUUUCAGCAGCAUACCAAAAAGGCUCUAAAGCAGGCUUUGAGGCAGCAGCAGAAAAGAAGAAAUGGAGUCUCAAUGAUGGUAAACAAGACUGUUCCUCGUGUUGUUUUAACACCAUUAAAGGUGUCUGAUGAGCAGUCAGAUUCACCUUCAGGAUCUGAAUCUAAAAAUGGUGAAGCAGACAGUUCAGAUAAAGAAAUGAAACAUGGGCAAAAAUCUCCAACUGGAAGACAAACAAGUCAGCACUUAAAACGAUUAAAAAAGUCUGGUUUAGGACACUUGAAAUGGACCAAAGCUGAGGACAUUGACAUAGAAACCCCAGGAUCUAUUCUUGUCAACACUAACUUGAGGGCAUUAAUAAAUAAACAUACAUUUGCUUCCUUACCUCAGCAUUUUCAGCAAUACCUACUGCUUUUGCUUCCUGAAGUGGAUAGGCAGAUGGGAAGUGAUGGAAUUUUACGCCUCAGCAAUUCAGCUCUAAAUAAUGAAUUCUUUGCAUAUGCAGCACAGGGGUGGAAGCAGCGACUGGCAGAAGGAGAGUUUACCCCAGAAAUGCAAUUACGAAUAAGGCAAGAAAUUGAGAAGGAAAAGAAAACAGAGCCUUGGAAAGAAAAAUUCUUUGAGAGGUUUUAUGGGGAAAAAUUGGGCAUGUCAAGAGAGGAGUCUAUGAAGCUGACUUCUGGACCACACAGUGAUGGAGGUGAAGGGAAUUCCACAUGUGAGACCACUUGCCCUUCAGAGUCUUCUGUACUGAACCCCAUGGAAGAACAGCCAUCCAAAAGCAUGAAGAGUUCUGCAUCCUCCGAGCCUGAUUUCUGUGCUACACUUUGUCCUAUGGUAGAGGUUCCAGCUAAAGAUGUCAUGGCAGAGUUAGAAUCAGAAGAUAUCUUGAUCCCUGAGGAGUCUGUGAUUCAGGAGGAAAUCGCAGAAGAGGUAGAGACUAGCAUCUGUGAGUGCCAAGAAGAAAAUCAUAAGACAAUAACUGAGUUUACUGAGGAAUCUGAAAGUCCAGCCACAUCUUAUGAAGAGCCCCAAAUAGCAGCUCCUGAAGACAACUUGGAAUCUUGUGUUAUAAUGAAUGAUGUUUUAGAAACCUUGCCUCAUAUUGAAGUUAAGAUUGAAGAAAAAUCAGAAUGUCCCCAGGAAGAAAUGUCAGUUGUUAUUGAUCAACUGGAAGUCUGUGACUCUCUGGUUCCUUCUACAUCAUCUGUGACUCAUGUCAGUGAUGCAGAACAGAAAGAACCAGAAACUGCACUAGAGACCAAUACUCUAAAAAUAAAACCAGGGUCAUCUUCUCUAGAAAGCCAGUUUCCAAUUGAAGGAGUUGCUGUAGAAAUGGAGUUACAGAGUGAUCCCGAUGAGCAGCUUUCUGAAAAGGUUUGUAUCUCUGAAACUUCCUUUUCUUCAGAGAGCCCAGAGGGAGCAUGUACCAGCCUUCCAUCUCCAGGUGGGGAAGCCCAGUCCAUGUCUGAAGAAUCAUGUACACAAGCCUCUCUCGAAACAACAUUUUGCUCUGAGGUGUCCAGCACUGAAAAUACAGACAAAUAUAACCAGAGGAAUCCCACUGAUGAAAGGCUUCAUGCAUCUUUAAUGUCAGAAAUAUCUCCAGUAUCCACUUCACCUGAAAUAUCAGAAGCAUCUCUGAUGUCCAACUUACCAUUAACAUCAGAAGCGUCACCAGUAUCUAACCUGCCUUUAACAUCAGACACAUCGCCAAUGUCUGAUUUGCCUUUGACAUCAGAAACAUCUUCAGUGUCUUCCAUGCUUCUCAACUCUGAGACUGCUUUUGUAUCCAGUUUUCCAAUUCCUACAGAGACUUCCCCCGUUUCUAAUUCUUCCAUGAGCGAAAGAAUGAUGCAUCAACAGAGAAAGUCACCUUCCAUAUCUGAGGAAGCUCUUUCCCCACAGAAAGAUGAAACUUCUGCCCCUGUCAGCUCUCCAGGAGAGAGCCUCAUCUCCCAGCAGAGGCCUCUAUCCAACACCCCUGAACCCAUCAAAAUAGGUUCUUCUUCCAUUACUCCUGAUGCAUUUCCAGCUGAAGAAUUGCACAACAAACCCCCAUGUCAGCAGCCUUGUAAAUCUCAUGUUGAAAUUGAGAAGCCUUACCCUUCUUCAAUCCCAGAACUUCCUCCUACAGAAAUGAUGAAAGUUAAAAAUCAUACUGUCCUUCAAAGAACAGAAAAGAAAGGAAUUUCCUCACCGUUGGAAUUAUCUGUCUUUUCUGAAGAGCCAGAGACUAAGGGAAAUGAGCUUUCAUCGGUCAAGUUCCAGGACAAGCAGUAUAUCCCAUCUGUUGAUAAGGCUUCAUUUGCAGAAGGCUCAAGAAAUAAAAUCCAUAAGCAAGGAAGCACACAGAAUCGGUUAGAGACUUCACAUCCUUCCAAGUCAUCAGAACCCUCCAAGUCACCUGAUGGGAUAAGAAAUGAAAGCAGAGAAUCAGAGAUAUCGAAGAGGAAAACUGCAGAGCAGCAUAGCUUUGGAAUCUGUAAGGAAAAGAGAGCCAGAAUAGAAGAUGAUCAGCCAGUGCGGAACCUUCCAAACACCAGCCCAGCCGAGAAAGAGCAGCCUCCAAGAGAGGAACCCAGGGUUCCCCCUCUCAAGAUCCAGCUUUCCAAAAUUGGACCACCGUUUAUUAUCAAGAGCCAACCAGUCUCCAAAGCAGAGUCUCGAGCAUCCACUAGCACAUCUGUCAGUGGAGGAAGGAACACAGGAGCCAGAACCCUCGCUGAUAUCAAAGCCAGGGCCCAACAAGCCCGGGCCCAGCGCGAGGCUGCUGCAGCUGCUGCAGCAGCAGCUGCGGCCAGCAUUGUCUCCGGAGCUAUGGGAAGCCCCGGAGAAGGCAGCAAAGCAAGAACCCUGGCCCAUAUCAAAGAGCAGACCAAGGCUAAGCUCUUUGCCAAACAUCAAGCUCGAGCCCACCUUUUCCCGACCACUAAAGAGACCCGGUUGCCUCCACUUAGCUCCAAGGAAGGACCUCCAAAUUUGGAAGUCACUUCUAACCCUGAAACAAAAAUGGAAGGCUCCACUGGUGUCAUUAUUGUCAAUCCAAACUGCAGAUCUCCUAGCAACAAGUCGACACACCUUCGGGAGAUCCCCACUGUAUUACAGCAGCCUCUUAACCCAACUCCACUUCCAGAAACUGCCACUGACUUAUCUGUGCACAGUUCUGAAGAAAACAUCCCCAUAUCACAUUUAUCUGAGAAAAUUGUUUCAUCUACCUCUUCUGAAAAUAGUAGUGUGCCCAUACUUUUUAAUAAAAAUUCUGUCCCUGUGUCUGUCUGCAGCACUGCUAUGUCGGGAACAAUUAAAGAACAUCCCUUUGUGAGUCCUGUUGACAAAUCCUCUGUCUUAAUGUCUGUUGACAGUGCAAACACAACCAUUUCUGCUUGUAAUAUAAACAUGUUAAAAACCAUCCAGGGAACGGACACUUCAUGCAUAGCCAUUAUACCAAAAUGUAUUGACAGCACUUCCAUUCCAGCCACAACAGAAGGUGCCGGUCUGUCAAGCUCCAUGGAUGAUAAACCCAUGCUUUUAGCAAGCAGCAACCCUACUAACUUAGUCUCCAGUCAUUACACCUCUGUGCCAACUCCCUCCAUUGGAAAUACCUUGCCAAACCAUCUCUCCACUAGUUCUGUCCUGAUUCCCCCAACAGGAAUUAACAACAGAUUCCCUCCUGAGAAGUUAGCCAUGCCUGGGAGUGAAGAACAAGCUACCAUAUCCGUGGGAACCACUGUAAGAACCACCCUCAGCAGCAGUGAUUCACUGGCAGUCACCGACCCGCUGGUUGUACAUCCACCUGUUGCAAUGUUUACUGGAAAUAUGCUAACUAUAAACUCUUAUGAUAGUCCUCCCAAGUUAAGUGCUGAGAGCAUGGACAAAAAUUCAGGGCCUCAAAAUAGGGCAGACAACUCUGGAAAACCUCAACAGCCACCAGGGGGCUUUGCACCAGCAGCCAUAAACAGAUCCAUACCUUGCAAAGUGAUCGUUGACCACAGCACCACCCUGACCUCCAGUUUGUCUCUGACUGUCUCCGUUGAAAGUACCGAGGCCAGCUUGGACCUGCAGAGCAGGUCGGUGAGGACGGAAGUAUCCAUACAACCCAUGGCAUGUCCUCAGGUGUCCGUGAUCAGCAGGCCUGAGCAGGUAACAAAUGAAAGUGUUGAUCCCACUUCUGCUUUCAUUGGUGCUUCCACAGCCAAACAAGACUGUAAAACAUUGCAGGGCCCCUGCCCCAGUAUCCGAGAAUUGCCCCUCGUCAUUCCAGAGAAGUUGAAUGAGGUGACGACUCCUAGUCAAAGCUUUGCUGAGCAGGCACGAAACACUACCACUUUCAAGAGUGAAGCAGACACAACCUGUAGCAGUCAGUAUAACCAAGGAAACCGGAUUUGCUGGAAUGAGGAUGGGAUGAGGAGCGCAGGACAACCUCUGGUUGGUCACUCCAGCGCCAGUAAACAGAAAGAAUAUCCAGAGCAGAGCUGUCCAAAGGCAAUCAAAGCUGAACACGCAAGCUAUCCACACAUGUCAGAACUUCACUCCAGGAGUCUCAUAACCAGUGUCACUCUUCCUGUGAAAUCCGAACCUCAUGAAAUGGAAAAGGGGUUCAGAAUGGACACAGAAGACUUUCCCAGCCCUGAGCUGCCUCCUCCAGCUGCUGAGGUGGCCUCUAGUGGACCACAAACACAGGCCCUGAAGGCUUCCACCUCGAGUCCCAUGGAAGAGGUGAUUUCCUUGGCCACAGACACCCUGAAAAGAGUUCCGAGUGCAGGAAGCUCAAGCUGCCGCCUGUCAUCUGUGGAGGCCAACAACCCCCUGGUGACACAGUUACUGCAGGGCAACCUGCCUUUGGAAAAAGUGUUGCCACAGCCCAGACUGGGAGCCAAGCUUGAAAUCAACAGGCUUCCUUUACCCCUCCAGACUACCUCAGUGGGUAAAACAGCCCCGGAGAGGAACAUCAUUGAAGCGCCAUUGAACUCCCCAAAUCCAGAUGGUAAGGGCUACUUGGCAGGGACUCUUGCACCACUCCAAAUGAGAAAGCGAGAAAACCAUCCGAAAAAGAGAGUGGCCAGGACUGUGGGGGAACACACUCAAGUUAAAUGUGAGCCAGGGAAGUUACUGGUGGACACUGAUGUGAAAGGGGUGGCCUGUGUUCUAAACCCCAGCACCACUCCACUAGGACACAGCCAGCCAUUUAAACAAGAAUGGAUCAACAAGCACUCCGUGCAGAGCAGAAUUGUCCACAGCCCCGAGGUCAAACAGCAAAAGCGGCUGCUCCCUGCAUGCAGCUUCCAGCAGAACCUAUUCCAUGUUGACAAAAAUGGCAGCUUCCACCCUGAUGCCGGUACCUCACACAGGCAGCAGUUUUACCAAAUGCCCAUGGCUGCCAGGGGCCCCAUUCCCACUGCAGCUCUAUUACAGUCCUCUUCUAAGACUCCAGUGGGUUGUAAUACAUUUGCCUUCAAUAGGCAUCUUGAACAAAAGGGAUUGGGAGAAGUUGGUCUUUCAUCAGCAUCUCACCAGCUAAGGCUAGCCAAUAUGCUAUCACCCAAUAUACCCACAAAAGAAGCUGAGGAUGUGGGAGGGGCUGCACAUGCCAUGCCUAACAAAGCCCUAGUGCAUCCUCCAUUGCCACCACCCCCACCUCCUCCACCCCCACCCCCUCCACCCUUGGCCUUGCCCCCGCCUCCUCCACCUCCACCUCCACUACCUCCACCUCUCCCCAAUGCUGAAGGCCCAUCUGAUCAAAAGCAACCUCCAGUUACCAUGGAAACCACUAAGAGACUUAGUUGGCCACAGUCCACGGGCAUAUGUAGCAAUAUAAAAUCAGAACCACUUUCUUUUGAGGAAGGUUUAAGCAGCAGCUGUGAACUGGGCAUGAAACAAGUUUCCUAUGACCAGAAUGAAAUGAAAGAACAGUUAAAAGCAUUUGCGCUAAAAAAUGCAGAUUUCUCUUCCUAUUUGCUUUCUGAGCCACAGAAGCCUUUCACCCAAUUAGCUGCUCAGAAAAUGCAGGUGCCACAGCAACAGCAGCUCUGUGGAAAUUAUCCAACAAUACACUUUGGGAGCACAAGCUUCAAAAGGGCAGCGUCCGCAAUUGAAAAGUCCAUUGGGAUUUUGGGAAGUGGCUCCAGUCCUGGCACAGCCCUGCCUGGUCCAAAUGCUCAGAUGCCCGUUCAGAACUUUGCGGACAGCAGCAAUGCAGAUGAGUUGGAACUGAAAUGCUCUUGCCGGCUCAAAGCCAUGAUCGUGUGCAAAGGCUGUGGAGCCUUCUGCCAUGAUGACUGCAUAGGUCCUUCAAAACUCUGUGUAGCUUGCCUGGUUGUACGGUAA